UCGGUCUGGAACGUGAAGGUGUCUGUCCAUUGUGCUGUUCCCAGUGAUGAACACACCACCACCACACCUAACAGGCCCCCCCUACUCCAUUGCUGUAACCUUCCCCAGAUCUCUCCAGUGGCGUUUUUCUCGUCUCGCGCCAACAAUUCCCCUGCGCCUCGGCCGCAACGUACCCCCCCGUGUCGCAUGGCAUGAUGAUCUUGGAUUUGUCCAUUGCCUUGGCCGCUCUCCUACACUACGUACUGCGUACUAGUAAAUCAGGUACUGUACACCUUGCCAGCUACAACACGGUAACUUGCCAGCUACAACACGUACCUUGCCAGCUACAACACAGUACCUCGGAUGUAGGCCAGGCACAAGCGCGCCUCCUCUCUCUCAACGUGCGCCGAGAUGUUUACCGUAGCUUAGCUGCAUUGGUCACCAGCAGUGGUUCAAGUUCAAUGCUGCGUAUGCCGUGUGCUGUAUUUACCGAGGGAGGGGGAAGCAACAACAUUUCUAAACUGCGAGACUACUAACAAACGGGGGGUGCGUGGAUGUGAUCAUUUGCUUUUGCGUAGCUGUUCUUGCCGAGCAAACACACGUUCCCCACAGCACCGCAAACAGAGAGUCCCGCCGUGCCGGCACAAGACGUCACUAG